AUGCCGACCGGCCCCAAGACUGCGCUGCUCAAGGGGUUCUUUAAGGAGGUCCUGCGCACGUUGAAGGACGACUCGGCCUACCUGGCGCAGGCCGACCAGCUGCAGUCCGCCAGCGCCGCCCGUGGUGCUGCCGCCGCUGCCGCAUGGAGCGUGCAGCCGGACGCGCACCGUGCGUUUGCGCGGCUGCAGCAGCUGGUGGUCUCCGGCGACCCACGUGCGGUGUGGGCGGCAGGGAAGGAGCGCGCCAAGGAGCGGCUGCGCGAGGCAUGCGCCGCCAUGGGGCGCCGCUUGGAGGAGGCGGGAGCACCAGCAGGGCAGCAGGAGCAGCAGCGGAUGGAGGCGCGGUCAGCACACGGGGUCGAUGGUGGCGCAGUGGUGGCAGCUGCUGAGGUGGACGAGCAGCAGCUGAAGCAUCUCUACGGCACAGACGGCUGGGCCAGGGCGGGCAUCAUGUACGCCCUGGCCCACUUUGGUCGCGCAUGGAUGACACAGCUCAACACUACCACUGUGCAGGGUGCGGAACACUUGGCUGCGGCGCUGGCCCGCGAGCCCGGGCGGCCCCUCAUCACCGUGAGCAACCACGUGGCGUCCAUUGACGACCCCCUGGUGGUGGCGGCCCUCCUGCCGCCAGAGGUGUUUGCGAGCCCGGAGAAGCUCAGGUGGACGCUGUGCGCCAGUGACCGCUGCUUCCACCGCGAAGCGCUGGUGCCCUUCUUCCGCGCGGCGAAGGUGCUGCCUGUGGAGCGGGGCGCGGGCAUGUUCCAGCCGGGCCUCGCGGCAGCGGAGGCGCGCCUGCGCGCGGGCGACUGGGUGCACAUCUUCCCUGAGGGCACGCGCAGCCGCGACGGCGCGAAGAUCGGUCCCGCCCGCAAGGGCGUCGGCCGCCUCGUCGCCGCCUGCAGCACGGGCGGCGACGGCGCCGCCGCGCCGCCGCGCGCGCCGCUGGUCGUGCCGUUUGUGCACUCUGGCAUGCAGGAGCUCAUGCCGCGCGGCGCGCUGCUGCCGCGUGCGGGCAAGGAGGUCAGGGUGCUGGUGGGGGAGCCCAUAGAGGUGCAGGACCUGCUGACGUCAGCGUCCCGCGAGGCCUGGCCCGACGACGAGCUGUACAAGCGCAUCGCGGCGCGCGUCGGGCUCGCGCUGCAGUCGCUGCGCGCGCGGCUCGACGGCGCGCCGCUGGGGGACGGCGCGCUGGCUGACCUCGCGCGAGAGCAGGCGGGCGCGUCGGGGCUGGACCUGUACGACCCUCGCGACGCGCACGCCAACAGGGCGGGACUCAGGGGCUGGCGCGCGGGCGGCGCGGCGCGGUGGGUGACGAGCGUGGGCGAGCGGCUCGAGUUCAAGGCGCUGCACCGCGACUUCGCAGUGCGCGGCGUGGCAGCGGCGGCGCUCGAGCGCGUGGCGGGCGCGCCGGUGGCGCUGCCGUGGGCGGGGGAUGGGGGGCCAGUCGCAGGUCGGUGGGCAGGCGGCGGCAGCGGCGGCGGCUACGUUGCAAGCAGCGGUGGCGGCUGUGGCAGCGGCGGCGGGGGCGGCAGCAGCAUGUGGUCGUCGUGGGCGUCGGCAAACGCGCUGCACGCCUACCCAGCUUGA